CUUUUUUUGACUUUCUUUUCCCGCAUAUAUUCAUGAUGGCUCCACCUGAAAACAAACUAAACAAUAUUUAUCAUAGUCAUGGUAUUGAAGUGUAUCAUAAACCAGGCAUGUAUCAACCAUCAGACAAUGGCUUCAAUCUACAAAAAUUGGCUUGGAUUGAAGCAAAGGAUAAUGUGCUCGAACCAUUCAAGCGUGUUCGUAUUAUUCAUGAAGAAGAUGAUGAUGAAAAGAGUGUACUUAUAGAACAUGAAGAAGACUCAAAGGAAGAAUAUGUAUCGAAAGAUGCUAUUUAUAUGAUGAAUCCACCAAAGUUUGAUCAUGUUGAAGAUAUGGCAGAAUUGCUCUAUAUGCAUGAACCAGCUGUUGUUCAUACACUCACACAACGUUAUAAACAAAAUGAUAUUUAUACUUAUUCGGGUUUGUUUUUAGUGGCCAUUAAUCCUUACCGUCAAUUACCUAUUUAUUCACAAGACAUGAUUCGUUCUUAUCGACAAAAACGAAGAGGCGAAAUGCCUCCUCACAUCUAUGCAAUUGCUGACCAUGCAUUCCAUGAUAUGCUUCAUGAUAGACAAAACCAAUCCAUCUUAAUCACUGGUGAAUCGGGUGCAGGAAAGACAGAGAAUACAAAGAUUGUGAUACAAUAUUUGACUUCCAUUGCAAGUAGCCAUAGCAACACAAAGAGAAAAACGCUUGAAAGCCAAAUUCUUCAAGCGAACCCUAUUCUUGAAUCCUUUGGUAACGCACAAACAAUUCGAAACAACAAUUCGUCUCGGUUUGGUAAAUUUAUUCGCAUUGCUUUCAAUCGUAACGGUGAUAUUGAGGGCGCAUUUAUUGAUUGGUAUUUGUUGGAAACAUCGCGAGUACAUACACAGUCUUUGGAAGAAAGAAAUUAUCAUAUUUUCUAUCAACUCAUGAAUGCAGAUGCUGAUAUGAAAGCACAAUUAAGGAUUGAUCAACAUUGUCCUGCCGAUUUUCAUUAUACAAGAAAUGCAAACCAUACAAUUCAAGGUGUAGAUGAUGCUGCUGAAUACAAAAAACUUGUUCAUGCUAUGGAUAUUAUGGGCAUUUCAUCAGAAGAACGCUUUGAGUAUUUUCGUAUUAUCAUUGCAGUCCUUUACUUGGGUAAUAUUGUGGUCACUAACAGUUAUGGUGGUCGUGUGGAUAUUUCUGAUUAUGAAAUGGCCUGUGAACUGCUGGGUGUCUCACCUGUCUUGUUCAAGAAACAUGUGCUUGAACCUCAGAUUAGGGCAGGCAAUGAAUGGGUCAGUCAAUCAAAAUCACCCACACAAGUUAAAGAUAACUUGGACGCUUUGGCAAAAGUGCUUUAUGAACGUAAUUUUGGACAAGUCGUACGCCGUGUGAAUUCAGCUAUUGACGGUGGUCCCUUCUUUCAAUCACUUGUGGAAGAAAAACGGGACUUGGAUGGUGAUCAGCGCUACAUUGGUGUACUGGAUAUUGCAGGAUUUGAGAUAUUCAAAAUCAAUAGUUUUGAACAACUCUGUAUAAACUAUACCAAUGAGAAACUGCAAGACUUCUUUAACCAGACCAUGUUUGUCUUGGAAGAAAGAGAGUAUCAAAGGGAACACAUCGAAUGGAACGAAAGUCUAGAUUAUCGUCAUGAUCUUCAGCCUACAAUUCAAUUAAUCGAAAGUGCAAAGAACCCUAUUGGUAUCCUGUCUUGCCUGGAAGAUGAAUGUGUCACACAAGGAACAGAUGAGCGAUUACUGGCCAAGAUUGACGAACAAAACAAGAGUAAUCCAAGAUUUAAAAAGGACAUCUACAAUGAAGGAUUUGCUAUCAAACAUUAUGCAGGCGAAGUCAAGUAUUCUACUUCGGGAUGGGUUGAACGGGGCAAAGACCCACUAAAUGAGCAUGUCGCUCGCUUGUUCUCUGAAUCCACUAACCAACAUGUGGCUCGACUGUUUAAGGAUUAUGCUGUACCAACCGCGUCCAGUUCUUCAUCAUCCUUAAGGACAUCGGAUCUAUUGUUACGCAACAAGGUUUCCUCACCUCUUCACUAUCGCACACGUAAAGGAGGAGGCAAUUUCCAUACAGUUGGCUACAAACAUAAGCAACAACUUUCGAUCCUCAUGAACACGCUACAGACUACUCGCCCUCAUUUUGUUCGUUGUAUUCUACCUAAUGACCGCAAACGACCAGGUGAAAUUCAACCUCGCUUAAUUCUUCAUCAACUUCGAUGCAACGGUGUGCUAGAAGGUAUUCGUAUCUGUCGUGUGGGUUACCCUAAUCGAUUGCUGUUUCAACAAUUCAGAGAAGAAUACAAACUGCUUGCGCCUGAACUUAUUCAACACGAACGGGAUCAUCGUAAAGCCUGUCAUUUACUUCUCUCGACUGUAUCUGACGAACUGUCGUAUGGUGAACAUUUCCAAAUGGGUCGAACCAAAGUGUUUUUUAAGGCAGGUGUGCUUGGUGAACUCGAAAAGAAGCGUGACAUUCAGUUAUCGCUGAUUAUCACUCAAGUUCAAGCUGCCUGUCUAGGAUGGAUGGCAAGACGCAAGCGAACUGAACGUGAAUCUCAAGACAAACUGAUUCGCACUAUUCAACGCAAUGCACGCAUUUAUAUUGAUAUGAUGCAAUCGAAAUUAUGGAAAGUGUAUUAUCGUCGUAAGGAGCUCCAAUACACGUUUGGUGCUGAAGAUGCUGACCGUAAAAAGAUGGAUGAUCUGGAACAAGUAUUGGCUGUCUCUCAAGAACAGCUCAAGGAACUAUCAGAAGAACACCAGCAUCAACAAAAGACAAUUGAGUCUUUAGAGGAAGAAAGAGAUACUUGGAAACUCAAGUCUGAACAGCUACAAAAAGAGCUUGAAGAAGCCCAAGCAAAGCUACAGCAGGUUGAAACUGAGCUGCAGACAACUAAGCAGUUUAGUGAAGAGCAGGCAAUCAUGUUGUCGAAAAUGCAUCAAGACGUACAAGAAGAAGCAGAAGAAAAUGAGAAUCUAAUGGCUCAAUGCGAUGAACUACGUAAACAAAACCAAGAAUUUCAAGAACGUAUUGAGUUUUUAGAGAAUGACAAAACAGUUUCAGAUGCUUUACAAGCUGAAUUAGACGCAAAAGAUCAUGAAACAAGGCAACUGCAGCAAGAAAUUAUGCUUGGGGAAGAACAGCAUCGCCAUGAACUUGAUUCAAAGCAAGAAGAAAUAAGUUGCUUGGAAGGGGAAUUGGAUCAAUUGAGAAAACAAGUACUACAGUAUCAAGGCGAAAUGCAAGAAAAGACAUUAGCCCAUUCAAACAUACAGACACAGUUUCAGUCAAUGGAAACAUCGUUAAUAAAAGAGACUGAAGAAAAGAAGAUCUAUCAGAGAAGAAAUAUACAGUUAGAAAAAGAUGUUGAUAUGCUUACGCGUCUGGUACAAAGUGAGGCAAAGGAAUCAAGAGCAAGAGCAGACAGGUAAGCCAUUUUUUGUUUAAUAUAUAUACGCACACAUUAACAUACUACUAUAGACUUGAAAAUCUAAUCGCUUCUAUCUUAAAACGAUCUGUUAAUACUACUUUAAUCUAAAUUAUAUCCUUAAUAUGCUAA